CAAACAUUGUGGGAAUUGGGAAUUUGAAUUGGAUUAAUUUUUCAAGUAACACAAAUUCUAAGUACUAUAAUUCUUAAAUUAAAAAUUAUGAAUUAAGACAAACACAAUGUCCAGCGAAAAGUUGUCCGAAAAAGUAAACCCUAAAGUGAAUGUUGAAUAUUGUGGAAUCUGUGAUUAUGGGGGUCAUUGCCUUGCACUUGCAAAAACUAUUCGAGAAAGCACUCCCAAUGCUUUGGUUUUCUGCAAAAGAGGUCGCCAAGGUUCUUUUGAGGUGGAGGUAAAUGAUAAGCUAAUUUAUUCAAAACUACAAACAAUGGCAUUACCAGAUUAUGAAGAAGUGGCACAGGUAGUAAAUGAUGUCUCUCAAGGCAACGAACCAAGGGAAAUAAAAGGACAACAGCCAAUAAACUGUGUUAUUUCGUAACAUUUAUUUACGUAACAAUCCCAAAGAGUAGUGCUUAUUUAAAAUAAAUCUAUCAACAAAAAAAUAAGGAAGCAUAAGAUGUGAUAGUAAUACUAACAUAGUGAAUUUGUAAAUAAAUUAUUUAAUUCAUAAAACUUGUCUUUGAAAUAAUUAAUUCUCCUACUUACUGAGAUAUCUAAUUAUAUUAACUACUAAUCACAAUAUAACUACAAAAAAACUAAGACCUUUAGGAAAACAAGGAUAUUUGAAUUGGAUACUCAGUUCACUCAUAGUUUCCAUAACAUUUAGAAGUUUGUAGGUUUAUCAACACACUUUAUUGUGGCAUUUGUUUAUAGAUUUUCAAUAAACUAUGAAAUCAUGAAGUCAAUUUGAGUAGGCAAGUGUAAAUAUGUAUCUACCUUGUAGGUAGCUAUUAUAACAAUAGUGCAA